ACGAAAGAAAAUUGGUAUUAAGCUGAUUUUAGUUAAAAGCUUUAAAAACCUCAGAAGAGAGAGAUAGAGAGAGAGAGUCUGAGCCUGCGACGCUUUCUCAUCUAUCACUUCUUUCCUGUUACCUUCACUUUCUCGGACAAUACAAAUAAAAUAAAAUAAAAUUAAAUCAGAAAUCCAAAGAGACUAACACAAACAAUACACACAUUUCUUUUAAACCAAAAUUCGACUCAACAAACCCUAAUUUCCCCCCUUUCUUCAACCCAAUUUCAUUACCUUUGAAAUCCUCUAAAUCACUUACUCACUCACUCAAUUCUUUGUAUAGCUUCUUCGAUUUCCUUUUCCAAUUCACAGACCGGUGACCUAUCCAUCAAUGACUGGGUCCACAGCGGGGGACAAGAGUCCAUUACUGUCGCCGACGAGCUCUCGGUCGGUGACGGAGACGGUGAACGGGUCGCACAAGUUUGUGAUCCAGGGUUACUCGUUGGCUAAGGGUAUGGGAGUCGGUAAACACAUUGCUAGCGAUAAUUUCAUGGUUGGGGGUUAUCAGUGGGCUAUUUACUUCUACCCAGAUGGAAAAAAUCCUGAGGACAAUUCUGCCUACGUUUCGGUCUUCAUCGCGCUCGCCAGCGAGGGUACCGAUGUUAGAGCCCUGUUCGAGCUUACACUCGUCGAUCAGAGCGGGAAGGAGAAGCAUAAGGUUCAUAGUCAUUUCGAUCGUUCUCUUGAAAGUGGCCCUUACACGUUGAAGUAUCGGGGCAGUAUGUGGGGAUACAAGCGUUUCUUCAGACGAGCUUUACUUGAAACUUCAGACUUUUUGAAAGAUGAUUGCUUAAAAAUCAAUUGUACAGUUGGAGUUGUAGUUUCAGCGGUAGAUUGUCCACGAUUACACUCUAUUCGGGUCCCAGAAUCUGAUAUUGGUACACAUUUUGGGAUGCUAUUGGAAAAGAAGGAAGGUUCAGAUAUUAGUUUUGUUGUGGCUGGUGAAAAGUUUCGUGGACAUAAGUUGGUAUUGGCUGCUCGGUCCCCUAUAUUUCGUUCUAAAUUCUUUGAGGGGCUAGAGGAAGAUAAUACAGAGGUUGAAAUCACAGAUUUAGAACCUAAAGUUUUCAAGGCCAUGUUGCAUUUUAUAUACAGAGAUUCCCUAACAGAGGAUGUGCAGCUUGAAACACCAAGUACGUCGCCUACAUCCUUGGUAUCUGACUCAUUAACUGGAAAACUAUUAGCUGCAGCUGAUAAGUAUGGUCUGGAUAGGCUCAGACUAAUGUGUGAGUCUCAUCUCUGCAAGGAUAUAUCUGUGAAAUCUGUUGCUGAAAUUCUAGCUUUGGCUGACCGGUGCAAUGCCUCUGAACUAAAAGCUGUUUGUCUAAGAUUUGCUGCCGAAAAUCUUGCAGCUGUUAUGCGAACAGACGGAUUCGAGCACCUUAAAGAACAUUGCCCAACUCUGCAGUCAGAACUUCUGAAGACAAUUGCAGGAUGUGAUGAGGAAUGCAGCAGUGGUGGAGGGAAGACCCGAAGUGUGUGGGCACAACUAUCAGAUGGGGGUGAUACCAAUGGUCGGCGGGUCAGACAAAGAACUUGAUUUCUGAACAUUGCUGUUUUGUAAAUUCAACACUGAACUAAAACAGAAAAGUUUUUUUUUUUUCUUUUCCAGUUUUUGGUAUUAAAUUUAGAACAAAAGAAAAAAAAAGGAAAAAAAAUGUUGUCGAAACGGUAAAGUAGGUGGUCUAUGUUGCAGGUUCUGUUAUAAAAUGGUGCUGUGAUUCUGAUCUGAACUAAUUGAGGAAUAGGGGCUUGUAGCUGUUUGCUGGACUAAAAAGUGCUAACCCUAAUAUAUCCUGAAGUCUGUCAUAUGUGGUUCUUUACAAGUAUUUUUGAUCUUUUCUUUAUUAUUCUUUUCCUCUGGUAUUGUAAGAUUUUUUUCUGCAAUUUGUAUUUAUAUUUAUGACUACAUAAAAAAUUGGAGUAUAGUGUUAGCAACUAAUCUUUUUUUCUUUUUAAAUCUAUUUAUUUUUCUGGGCUAUUAA